CCCUUCCUUCAUUCAUCCAGAGAUCUUCUGUUUCUUGCUGUGCGUGCCUCAGCCCAAGUCAGCUGUCGACAACAUCUGAACAACACCGGACAACAACCCCUUUCUCUUUUUUGUCCUUAACCUUCUUCUCUCUCUUCUCGCCUGCUUUUCCAUCUUCUCUAUCCACCUGUCGCUCGUUGAUGUGUGGUGUCUGAGUCCCCCCACGAAAUUUCAGUCAACCAGCCAUCCGGCCCUUUACCACCACCACCACUCCCAACAGCACCACCAACCACCACUUGCCAUCAGCGGCCACUACCUACCAAACGCACCGCUGUGUCUCAGCCCUCGCACCAUCUCACAUGAUAGAUCCGACGGGACUUUUCUCCUAAAUCACCACCACCCCAGAUGGCUCAACAGCCAUCCAACCCCAGACCCGUGCCCUCGGCCGCCAGUCAUUCGGAUCGCGGCUCUCCCACCGCCUCGUCUCUCGCCCGGCAUGGCUCUCCAGCGCCAUCGAUGCCUGUGGGCUCUCCUGCCGUGCGCCAGAUCCCCGUCCCCGCUCAACUCGCCUCCGAAGACGUUUCCUCCGCUCAAUCUCCGCUGCCCGGUCGCGACGAGUCGAGAGCCUCCCUCCCGCAAGCGGUCGCUGGUGAAUCUGCCCUCUCUUCAGCUUUGAAGGAGUCCUUUGGCAGAAGCCCCCCACGAUUUGGCACCCCGCCUAUACGUCCGCUGUCUCCUGCUGCUGAAGCUGCUUCAGGUCGAGGGCCUCCGAGUAAUUUCGGUUCCUUCGAUGCCCGCAGCCGCUCGCCCGCGCCUGCUGAAGACCCAGAGAUUGUGCGCCGCCAUCUCGUUGGCCCUCCUCACAAGUCCUCCUUCUCCAACCUCAGCGGACAGUAUGGCUCGCCCAGCGCCUCACAUCGCGGGUUUGGGGGGAACGCAGAGUCCGUCUCGGGUGAGGACGAGGAAUUCAACAGUCUGCAACUGCAGGGAGGGGACAUUACCCGCCAGAUCUACCGAUGGACUGAGCAGCAGGAGGCUUUGGAGCGUCAGAAGAUGAAAAGAAGUCAAAGUUUUGCUGAAGAGCCUGCCGUUAGGUCAAGAAGCCCAACUUCAGACAUCGACAAGAUACGACAGCCUGGUGGUUUCAGACGCAACUACCUGCGCCGCUCGGCAGCCAGCCCCUCGCCCGCGCCUGGCCCAUCAGGCUACGGAACUGUGAACCAGCGGCCCCAGCCGGCCGUCUUCACCAACAACUUCCUCGAAUUCCUUACUCUGUACGGCCACUUCGCUGGAGAGUCUCUCGAAGAAGACGACGAGGAUUUGGAGCCCGACGAGUACUUUUCUUCAGACGCCCUGGACUCGGGAGAUCAUAGCGGGGAUGAAGACCGCGAAUUUGGCGAAUCGAGCGCUUUGCUGACCCCAGGGAGGCGGAAGAAGAGAAAGGCCAAGGCGACCGGACAAGGAAGCCCUACAGGCGCUGCGUUACUUCUCCUCAAGUCGUUUGUGGGCACAGGCGUGCUGUUCCUGCCCAGGGCCUUUUUAAAUGGCGGCAUGCUAUUUUCAAAUGUCGUCCUCUUCGGCGUGGCUGCCCUCUCGUAUUUCUGCUUCGUCCUGCUGGUCUCCACUCGAUUGGCCGUUGAACACUCGUUUGGUGACAUGGGCUACCACAUCUGGGGGAACUGGCUGCGCACCAUGAUCAACUUCUCCCUCGUCGUCUCGCAAAUUGGCUUCUCGUCAGCAUACAUUGUGUUCGUAUCGGAAAAUCUUCAAGCCUUUGUGUUGGCCGUCACGGACUGUAAAACCCACAUCAGUAUCGGCCUCAUGAUCCUGAUCCAGAUGGUCAUCUUUCUGCCGUUAUCGCUUUACCGUAACAUUAACCAUAUCCAAAAGCUCGCACUCGCCGCUGAUGUUUUUAUUCUCGCUGGCCUCGUCUAUCUCUACUACUUUGAUAUCUUGACCAUUGUCAACCAAGGCGGCAUAUCAGACAUUGCAAACUUCAACAAGAACGACUGGACGCUCUUCAUCGGCACCGCCAUCUUCACCUUCGAGGGUAUCGGGUUGAUCAUCCCCAUUCAAACCGGCAUGAAGGACCCUAAGAAGUUUCCCAACGUGCUCGGCGGCGUCAUGGUCAUCAUCACCGUCAUCUUCAUCUCCAUGGGUGCCCUCUCCUACGCAGCCUUCGGCUCCAAGACCAAGACAGUCAUCAUUCUCAACAUGCCCCAGGACGACAAAUUCGUCAACGGUGUCCAGUUCAUCUACUCUCUCGCUAUCCUCCUUUCGACGCCCCUGCAGAUCUACCCAGCCAUCGAAAUCACGUCCCAGCAGCUUUUCAGUAAAACGGGCAAGUACAACCCUUACAUCAAGUGGAAGAAGAACUUCUUCCGCUUCCUCAUGGUCGGUAUAUGUGCCAUGCUUGCGUGGCUUGGCGCAAACGACCUCGACAAGUUUGUUUCUCUGGUCGGCAGCUUCGCUUGCAUCCCCCUCGUCUACAUUUAUCCCCCCAUGCUGCACUACCGCGCUGUCGCACGCACAUCCACCGCCCGCGCCAUUGACAUUUGCGUCGGCAUCCUCGGUCUCGUCGGUAUGGUGUACACCACCACACUCACUAUUAACAGCUGGAUUAAAGGGAGCACGCCGAAAUCCCCGGGGUACUGCGACAGAUAG